AUGGCAAUAGAUCCGGAGGGAGCCGCAAAGGACAGUGGGCAGAUCCGGCUGGAGGAGCUGGGAUACAAGCAGGAACUCAGCAGGCGAUUGGGGCUGAUAUCCAGCGUGGCUUCCAGUUUUGCCACCAUAGCUUACAUGAUGGGAAUCACAGGUCAGAGAUCGCUCCCUAUAGCUUUCAUCAAUGGAGGACCAGUGUCAGCUGUCUGGGGAUGGGUCAUCUGCUCAGUCUUCAAUCUAUUCUCUGCCCUAUCCUUAGCAGAGAUUGCCUCAUCCUAUCCCAUUGCAGGCGGCCCCUACUUCUGCAAGGCUUCCUGCCGUGGAUUAAAGUUCAUAUUCUGUCAUGCAUGCGCAGGCUGGUCAAAUCUGGUGGGCCAGUUUGCAUCAACUGCAGGAGCGGGCUACCUGACAGCGGUGCAUAUUGGAAAGAUGUGGCAACUGGGCAAUGGACAUGUCUGGAGCCAGUUUGAGACCUUCCUCGCCUAUGCAAUCUGCAUGCUGGCGGCAGGAGCGCUGGCGUCGACAAGCACCGGCGGAAUGAGGCAGUAUAUACUCUUUGCAGCCUUCUGGAUGAUCUGCGGAGGAAUCUUCUUGAUCAUUCUGCUACCCAUCGUGGCGCCAAAGCUCCAGACGGCAGAAUAUGUGUUCCUCCACUUCAGCGAUCAGUCCAAGGACCAACUCGGCGUGCCCAACAAUUUCUACCUAUUCUUGCUGGGGAUGCUGAUGGGCCAAUUCUCAUAUAUUGGUUAUGAGGCUCCAGCGCAGUUUGCAGAGGAGACCAAACGAGCAGACAGAGUGGUUGGCUGGGGGAUAGUGCUGUCUGUGGCGGCAUCCAGUGUUUUUGGCUUGGGAUUUCUGGUGUGCCUUCUGUUCUGUAUCCAGGAUCCGGAAAACUUAAUGCUGGGGCCUGCCAAUGGCUAUGUGGUGGGGCAGAUAUUUUAUGACAUAUUUCAGGGUCGAUUCGGCUCAGUGACAACGGCCAUUGUGCUGUUGGCAAUUCCAUUGAUCGCCAUCUUCAAUACCACUGUCAUGUGCUUAUUCACAGCUGCCAGGAUGCUGUGGUCAUUUUCGAGGGACGGCGGAGUGCCAUUGUACCGGGUGUGGGCGGCGAUUAAUAAGCGGACAGGAACGCCUCUGAAUGCCACGUGGGCGAUGACUGCCACAGGCUUUCUUCUGGGCCUGCCCAUGCUCUUCUCCAACGCUGCGUUCCUCGCCAUGGGAUCAGUCACCGCCGUGGGCCUCAACGCCAGCUAUGCUGUGCCAAUCUUGCUGCGCCUGAUCUUCCACAAGAACUUCAAUCCUGGGCCUUUCAAGCUCGGCCGAGCACAGCCGCUCAUCAAUGUAAUCGCCAUUUCUUGGCUCACAUUCAGUGUGGUGUGUUUUGCGCUGCCGACGAUCUACCCCGUGGACGUGACAACGCUGAACUGGACGCCGGUUAUGCUGGGGUUAGUCAUCGUGGGGGUGCUCAUUUCAUGGUACCUGCCACGCUGCGGCGCUCGGCACUGGUAUCACGGCAAGGCACACACGCUGGAGGACGCCAAUGUGGUGAGCCCCUUUCCUGGGUAUUUAGGUUACAUUGGGUUUGUUUGGGGUAAUUGGGGUAGUUAA